AUGGCGGACGCGUGCAUCGUGUGUUUAGGUGACCUGCGCACAUCACCUGACGAUGAUCAACCGCCCGAAUCGACUGCCGCGCCAAGUAUUGGUGGUAUCAAGAUCGAGAGCGAUGACGCCAAGAUACCAAUCAAGUCCAAUGCGAAAAGUGCCCAAGUUGACGACGAAGACAUUGCCCAUCUCCUGCCAUGCAAGCACGAUCUACACCACUCUUGCCUGAAACCAUGGGUCGAACGCGCGAACAGCUGUCCGAUCUGCCGGACUGUCUUCAAUGUUGUUGAGGUCAGCCACUAUGUGGGAGGAGCUGUCUAUGAAAGCUAUCCAGUCCAAGACAAGACUCAAGAGGCGGAGAUAGAUCCCAACAUGAUCGUUGAAGAGGACGAGCUCUUUGACGUGGAAGCAUUCGAGCCGUGCCUGAUCUGCGGUGUGAUGGACGACAAUCACGGUGUCAUGUUCUGCGAUGGGUGCGACAAAACUGUCCACGUGUUCUGUGCAGGCUAUGAUGAUGCGCCAGAAGUCUGGUACUGCGAAUCAUGCCUGGCGGACCUUGAGAACGAUGCCGACCUUCCAGGACUCGCCGCUGCUGCUCGCAGGCGGCCUCGAGCACGCAACACGAAUGGCAACGGUAACCGAGCAGCACCACCUCGACGUCGGAGGAACAACGACGCUACCUGGGCACGCGUAUGGCAGGAAGUGUCGCGUCGACUUGAUCUGGACCUCGACUUUCCAUUUGAUGAGGAAGUGGACGAGCGACAAAUCGCGGAACAACGACAGGAGUUUCUCCGCUGGCAGGAGCGUUUUCGCGUUGCCAACCGGGCAGGGGCAACCAACCGCCUCCAGGGAAUCGCUCGUGCCAAUCUGCGAUACAACGAUGCUGCGUUUCCCCGACCUGAACCAGAGUCUCAAGAGGAGUUGCGUGCCUGGAAUGCGUUCGACAAAGCUCGAGAGUCCGAUGAUGCACCAACACAGGUGCGACGUCGCAAACGUCGUGCUACCGAUUCGCCAGCAUCUCCGAGUGAGCCACAACAAUCGGCAGAACAACCACAGCUGAAACGUCCGCGACUUCGACGUCCACCUGCGCCCGAACAGCCCGAGUCCUCUGCUGCUGCGGCAAGGCGACGAGGUGAAGAGCCAACCUUCCUCUCUUCAUUAUUGCGGGAGGUUGAGAACAAGUCAGCAUCAGCAGCAUCGCCAGCAACGUCAGACCAUGCCAACGGCCAGUACUCGCCACGACACACCUCACCAGUUCACUCGCCCGUGUCAUCGGAACCAGGUACUCCCAAGGCUACCACUCCGCCACCUCCUCAUCGACCUUCUUCUCCCCCGCUCUCAUCUAAUAUCCUGCCUGCGAUCUCGCCCGGGGCUACAUUUUCUCCCUUCUCGCCAAUCACCACUCGAGAUGAUCCGGAUCAAGCCAAUCGCUCUCGACGCCGUGCAAGAGGUCGCCGCAUCACUGCCGCCGAUGACGAAGAGCGGAACGGCGCAUCCUCAUCUGAUGACCGCGCAGGAUCGCACUCCCCAUCACGCAAUCUUUCUUAUCCUGCCAAAGAGGAAAUACAGCGCAUGGUGAAAGUCUCACUCAAGCCUCGCUACGAAAGAAAGGAAAUCAACAAGGACCAGUUCACGGAUAUCAACAAGUCCGUAUCGCGAAAAUUAUACGACAUGGUCAGCAGUGCAAAGACACUUGCAAAUCAGGAGGAACGCGAGCGGUUGCAAGGAAUUGCCAAUGACGAGGUGGCAAAAGCAGUCAGUGUUUUGUCUCUGCAGGCUGGAGACACUGUGUCUGUACAGGCUGGUGAUACCACAACAGAUGCGUCGGAUUGA